CAUCGGAGGAAAGGGGGAAGGGGAAUAUUAAACGGAGGUGAGGUUCGACUUUGAGUCUCAGUUCAAGUUCACGCGUUCGUCUGGCUGUAGCCAUGCCUCGUUCAACUUUUCUGGUUGUUUUCACGUUGAUGGUUGCGGUUGUUGUCGCUUUUCCGCAACCCAACAGCGACGAUUCGCCGGCGGCUGUGGUGGUUGAGACUCCGGCGGCCGAUACUCCCGACGCUUCCGCACCUCCGGUUGAAGGCGAAUCUGUCGACUUGCGUUUUCGACCAUCUUAUGGUGGGUACGGCGGUCAACAGUACGGCGGUCAACAGUACGGCGGUCAACAGUACGGCAGUAAUUAUUACAGCAGUGAGCGAUACGAAAGCCAUCACUCAAGUCAACAGUACGGACACCAAAAUUAUGGACACCAAAAUUAUGGACAUCAAAAUUAUGGACAUCAGAAUUAUGGGCACCAAAAUUAUGGGCACAACGCUUACGGCAAUUACGGACAUGGGGGAUACGAUCGCCCCUACGGACACGGUGGAUACCCUGGGGGAUAUGGCUAUUACGGACGGCCUCAAGGUAUUUUGGGCGCGGUAGGAAAUGUGUUGGACGGAUUGUUGGGCUUGCGUGAAGGAGAAAAGAAACCGGCAGUGGAUGGCGACGCUUCGGCUGCUCCGGUUGUUGCGGCGGCGGCGCCGGAAGCUGUCGAUCCUGUUUUUCCUGAAGCCGAUUCGGUUCCACAAAUUCCCGUCGAGGUUGGUGGUAAUCUUCCCGAACCCGCGUUACAAUCAGAAGGCGUUCCCUCGGCUGGUGAAGAAGUGAUUUUCCAAUAAUCAAAUGGCCCCACGCAUUGUUAUAUUAAGUUUUCUCUGUAUCGUUGGCAUAUUUAAUAUUACUGCUUCAAACAACA